AUAUGACAGUGACUUGACAUUGAAGAUGUGUUCAUUACAAAUUGACUUUUGGCACUUUUGAUACCUAGUUAGGUGAUUGCGUGGAGCUUUUCGCUCAAAAUAUAAAAUAAAAAUGAAUAUUCCUAAUGAAUAUAUUUCGAAUGCAGAGGAUAUUGCUGAUACAGUUAUAAGAAAAUUGAAACACAUUCUACCCACAUUAGCACGAGUAUGUCUGAUAUCAACAUUCUUAGAAGAUGGAUUAAGAAUGUGGUUUCAGUGGUCAGAACAAAGGGAAUAUAUGGAUAUGUCAUGGGGUUGUGGGAAAUUUUUAGCCACCGUUUUUGUUUUAAUUAACUUAAUCGGUCAAUUGGGUGGUUGUGUAAUGGUAAUUAUCAGAUAUCGGGUCAAUAUAGCUUGUGGGGUAUUGUUCUUCAUCGUAGUACUACAGACAUUGGCUUACAGCAUUUUAUGGGAUCUUCAGUUCCUCUUUAGAAAUCUGGCCCUCAUAGGAGCCUUAUUACUCGUUUUAGCGGAAAGCCGAGGCGAGGCUAAAAGUUUAUUCGCCGGUGUACCCUCUCUAGGAGACAACAAACCCAAAAAUUAUUUACAAUUGACUGGUCGGGUGUUGUUGGCCUUCAUGUUCAUAACUCUAAUUCGAUUCGAAAUGAGUUUCCUACAGAUUACUUUGGAUCUAUUAGGUUCACUUUUAAUGGUACUAGUUACAGUAGGAUAUAAAACUAAAUUAGCUGCAUUGACUCUAGUUUUGUUACUUACAACAUUGAACUUUUAUCAUAACGCGUGGUGGAAUAUUCCAGACUACAAACCGUUAAGAGACUUCCUCAAAUAUGAUUUCUUCCAGACAUUAUCCGUUAUUGGUGGACUAUUGAUGAUAGUGUAUUUGGGUCCAGGAGGUGUUUCUAUGGACGAGCACAAAAAGCGGUGGUAGAACCGUGCCAUUCAAUUUAGUAAACAACUCGUGACAACAAAAUUAUAAUUCCCGACUCUUUUUAUACCUUAAAUAUGCGUUACUAAUUUUUUUUUGUUUUACGCGUAUUUUAUCUUCGAAUAACAAUUUUAAAUGGACGAAUUCAAACAGAAUUUCGUAUACGAAAUAAUUUCCCCAAAGCUGAUUGUAAUAUUUUGAUUCAAUAUCUUCGAUUUUUUCAUUUAAGUACCACAAACUACCCUUUUGUCUUAUUCCAUUACUUGGUAUUUGGUUUUUCUUCGUGAUUCAAUUUGGUAUCUUCAUUUCUGUUGUAUAUCGUUUUAUUUUGGUUAUUUACUACUUUUUUUAUCUAUAUUUUCAUAUUUCAUUCAGUUAACUUGACUUCGUUUAGUAUUUUUGAUACUAUGUUGAAUUUAUGGACCAAUUUUUGCAAUGGGGAUAUAAAGUUGAUCUUAAUUCUCAAUUUUUUUUACUGUUUUUAAGGUUUAAUCUACUAUUGGAUCGAAUUUUUUAUGAUUUUUCUCUUUUUUGGUGAUUAAAUCGAGGUUCUAGUGUAUAGACCAACCGUAUUCCAUCGUAAACCCAUUUAGUUUGCUGUACGGUUGUUUUCCUUAUUGUUUUGAAACAUAAUUGUUUCCCCUCAAAUUUAUGGGGUACUAGAAGCUGUUCCAUAACUAGUUUCAGCUUUAUUUAAAGCAGAAGUACCCAAAUUUUUUUCCCAAGAACUACUUCGGUGGGUCCCCUUUUGCUACAUUUAUAUAAAAAAUCCAUUUUUUUUUUGUUUUCAUUGUAUAAUUCUUCUAAAGUCUCUUGUUGACCCCUUUUGCAAUCACUGAUUUAAAUGAUGCAGGAAGAAUUUGGUAUAUAUUGGAAUGUGAGGUUAGGUUGGAAUUAUUUAACAAAAUUGACUGUACUAUUGAAAAUUAACAAUGUUUGACUUCCCAUCUGUUGUUUUACAUCAUUUUACAUGAAUUGAGUGGCUAAAACGCACAAUAUUUAUUAGUUAUUUCCUCAUUAGAGCUUUUUAGGGUUUUUUGUGAUGAUUUUUCUUGAUUUUAAGUUUAUUUUCAUAGAAAAACUGAUUUUCUAUUAAAACAAACAGAAAAAUCAUAACAACAAACAUAUAAAAAUGUCUAAGAAUGAAAAAAUUGUGAAAUUGACCAUUUUUAACAUAAAAUGGACUUAAUUAUUUAUGCAUUAGGCCUUUCGAUCAUUUUUUAAUGCAAUUUUCUUUUUUUUUUGUCUUCCGACGUUUUUUUUAUCAAAUUUCAUCUGUUUAAACAAAAUUCUGUUCGACUUUUUCCACUUUAAAAUUGUUAACGUUGUAAGGUAAAAAAUUUCAACAUAAUUUAAGCAUAACUUUUAUUUUAAUUGAAGAAAAACAUGGAUAUGUAUAUACUCUAUUGAAUUUAUUUGUUUUUUGACUUAAUACCAUAUAGAAUGUGACACUGUUGCAUGUGUAUUUUUUUUGUUAAAUUUUAUUUACACCCAUAAACAUUUAAUACCCAAAAAUUUUAUUUCGCUUCGCAACGUUGCAAAGUGGAACUUAUACAAUUUUUAGAAAGUACCUUUGAAAUAUAUUUAUUUUUUUAAUUAUUUUCAAUAAAGGAAAUUACAUAA